CUAGCUAAGGGUUCUUCCCCAAGGUUGAGGAAGGCUGAGGUGGCCGCCGCUGCCGCGAGCUGCGAGGAGCGCGCGCGAGCUCGGAGGCCGCGCCACGGUCUACCAGGAAAUUUCAGGCAAGUUUCACUGAGGCAAGAAGAGCGUAUCCUAGAGUGGGUGGCCCUUUGAGUGGUGGCCUCAGUACAGAGAAGGCCACAGAAGAAGCAGUGUUGCUUCCCUGCCUGCCUUCACUUCCUGCAAGUGAGUGCGUCUGUCCUGUUGAUGCUGCCGCUGCCACCAUCCUUCACUGACGUUGAAGCCAGCUUUGGUCUUCCAUUGUGGACUGAAGACCACUGAAGAAGGGGUCCAGGUGUCUUUCAGGCCUUUGGCACCAGAUUGAAGCUCCAGCCUGUAUCGACAGAGCCUCUCCACCAUGGAGAUGUCCAUUGUUGGACUAUCCAGGCCGGAUCAGGGUUUGGUGAGCUUUGAGGAUCUGGCUGUGCACUUUACCCAGGAAGAGUGGGAUUUGCUAGAUCCUUCUCAGAAGAGUCUCUAUGGAGAUGUGAUGCUGGAAACCUUCAGGAACUUCACUGCUAUAGGAUAUGAAUGGGAAGAUCAGAAAAUUGAAGACCAUUAUGAAGAUCCCGAAAUAAAUAUAAGGCACAUCAUAUCUCACCCUGAAUAUACACAGUAUGAACAUGAGGAAUAUGAGCAGAAGCCACAGGACUCUAAUUUUGUCACAAAUAUUGAAGACUACAUGGGAACUCACACUGUGAAUGGACCUUCUGAGUGUGAAGUAUGUUUAAAAUCUUAUGGACUAUAUCACCUAACUUACAAUGGACAUCAUAGCUAUGACUACAGUGGACAUCACAACUAUGAAUACAAGGAGUGUGAAGAAAGGAAACCUGUAAGAAAAUGUUAUGAAUGUAACCAGUGUGGUAAGACUUUGAGUUCUUUCAAUUCUCUUCAGAGACAUCAGAAAAUUCAUAUUGAAGAAAGACCAUAUAAGUGUCAACAGUGUAGUAAGGCCUUUAGAUGUCUCAAUGCCCUUCAGUCACAUGAAAGAAUUCAUACUGGAGAAAAACCUUUUGAAUGUAAAAACUGUGGUACAGCUUUUAGCAGACUUACUCACUUACGAUUACAUGAAAAAGUUCAUACUGGAGAAAAACAUUAUGAAUGCAAACAGUGUGAUAUAGUUUUCAAAUCUCAGAGUACCUAUCAUAGACAUAAGAUAAUGCAUGGAGAGUCAUUCUAUAAUUGUAAACAGUGUGGUAAGUCCUUCAUUUAUCCCUCUUUACUUCAAAUGCACGAAAGAACUCACACUGGUGAAAAGCCUUAUGAAUGUAAACUCUGUGGUAAAACUUUUAGAUAUAAUUCUUCCAUACGAUUACAUGAAAGAACUCAUACAGGAGAAAAACCCUAUGAAUGUAAACACUGUGGAAAAGCCUUUACACGUCAGAGUUAUCUUCAGUUUCAUGAAAGAAGCCACACAGGAGAGAAACCCUAUGAAUGUAAAGAAUGUGGUAAAGCCUUUAGACAUCACUCAUACCUUCGAUUACAUGAAAGAAGACACACUGGGGAGAAACCGUAUCAAUGUGUACGGUGUGGCAGGUCCUUCAGCCGGCAGAGUUCCUUUAAGAGACACCAGUCCGUUCAUGCUGUGGAAAGCCCCUAUAAAUGUCAACAGUAUCUAAUUCCAUUAUCCCUGUUUCCUUCAAAUGCAUGAAAAAACUUACACCAGCACCAGACCUUAUACAUAUGAACAAUGUGAUAAAAUUCUUAUCCCUAGUCACAGAAAACACAUGUAAGAACUCAAAGUAGUGAUGAACCUAAUGUAGUAUAUAGCCUUCAGGGGUCACAGGAACUAUAGAACCCCACCACCUGGCAGCAGUUACCAAAGAUGAUAUCUCCUGCCCUGCAGCUCCCAUAAAAAUUGGUGGAGGUCAUGUGUCUCAGGGAGAAGGAAUGCAGAAAAGAGGGACUGUGAGCCAUAGUAUUUAAUUCUAGAGCCCUACAACCAAGAAAGGCGAGCACUUGGACGCUGGUGGACCAUCUUGAGGUUAUAGAAACUCUUCGGGCAAACAGUAAGUCAUUCCCUAAUAAUCACUAGAAGAUAGGUCUGCCCUUUAAAUGACUCCAUUUCUAAUGAAAACCCAUAGACUGAAAACAUUUUUUUGAGACACAUGCUUGGGUCUACUCCUAUUCUGCGAAUGUAUUCUAUGCUGUUACUCUCAAGUUGAAUAAAUCUAUAUAUACUCCGA